CUCCAACAGGAAUUCUGCUCCGGGAGGAAGAUGGCGUGGCUCACCCACCUGCUGGCCUGCGUCUUUGGAACCGGCUCCUGGAUGGCCAUCAACGGGGUGUGGGUCGAGCUUCCUCUGCUGGUGACGGAAUUGCCUGAGGGCUGGUUUCUCCCUUCCUACCUCACCAUUAUCAUCCAACUGGCCAAUGUUGGACCUCUCUUUGUCACUCUCAUGCACAAGCUGAAACCUGGUUUGCUGAAGGAGGCCUCGGUCAUCUCGGUGCUGGUCUCGAUAGGAGUCGUGGCCUGCUUCCUCCUGGCCUUCCUUUGGCAUUACACCAGCCCCAUAGCGGGGAAACCGCACAGCGUGGCCUUCUUCGUCCUCACCUUCUUUCUCUCGCUGGUAGACUGCACCUCGUCCGUCACCUUCCUGCCCUUCAUGGCGCACUUCCACCCUCGCUACAUCCCCACUUUUUUCAUUGGCGAAGGACUCAGUGGGUUAAUCCCAGCUCUCUUUGCCCUGGCCCAGGGAGCAGGCAUUGCCAGCUGCGUCCAGGUCACCGUGCCAACCCACAAUGCCACUGUCAGCAACUCUUCAUUGGUCAACACAACUGGUCCAGGUGACCCUCCUCCUAUGGAAACUCGUUACUCCCCAGCCAACUUCUCCAGCCUGGUCUUCUUCCUUGUCCUGUCGGCUAUGAUGUUCUUCUGCCUUGUGGCCUUCCUCUUCCUCAACCGGCAGUCCAAGUUGUGGGAACUUUCCACGCAGAACUUGUGCUCCAGUGAGAUCACCCUGAACUCGGUCCAGAAGAUUCCUACAGGCAAGCAGGAGCCGUCAAACUUGAAGGGGGGCACAUCCUACUCCAUGGAGAGAAAGCUCGAGAACUCCAACCAAGGUGUUGAUGAUGCAGAUGCAGACAAGGUCACAUAUUUUACCUCUAAAUUCGUCUUCAUCUAUUUCCUCAUCACUUGGGUGAAUGCACUGACCAACGGCAUCCUACCAUCCGUGCAAAGCUAUUCAUGCUUGCCUUAUGGCAACAUGGCUUACCAUCUGACGGCCACCUUGAGCUCCAUGGCCAACCCUCUUGCCUGCACCAUUGCCACAUUCCUACCCAACAGGUCUCUCCUGUUCUUGGGCAUACUGGCAACCACAGGAACUGCAUUCGGAGUCUACAACAUGGCGAUGGCUGUGCUCAGCCCCUGUCCACUCUUACAGCAAUCCAGCUGGGGGGAUGCCCUGAUUGUGAUUUCGUGGGUAUCCUUCACUGGGACCCUCACUUACGUCAAGGUGAUGCUGGGGGUGAUCCUUCGCAGCUGCAGCCACAGCGCCCUUGUGUGGUACGGAGCGGUGGAGCAGCUGGGGUCUCUGCUAGGGGCUUUGCUCAUGUUUCCCUUGGUGAACAUCUACCACUUCUUCAAGUCGGCUGACUUCUGCAGCUUCCAGUGCCCGGCGUGACGUGCCAGGAGUCAAGCAGAGGCUUCGCUAAGCAAUCCAACCGCACACGUUACAGGAAAAGCCUCCCCAGGGGCGGAUAGGCGCAACAGUCAGAAUAUCACCCCUCCUUUUCGAGAGAACGAAGGCAAGAUGUCGGAGAACCUAGCAAGCCAAGGGGUGUACCUAUGAAGGACCACAUCCCCCUAGUCAGCAGCACCCACAGUAGCGAGCGAGUGCACUCCUGACUUUG